AUGGAGGUCGGUCGCAAAGCGGUGGCGCACGUGUUGCUGAUGGCCUUGUUGCUCCAGGCGGCCUCGGCCCAGCACUGGUCGUACGGAUGGCUGCCGGGCGGCAAGAGAAGCGUGGGCGAGCUGGAGGCCACCAUCAGGAUGAUGGGUACAGGGGGCGUGGUGUCUCUUCCCGAAGAGGCGAGUGCCCAAACCCAUGAGAGACGUCGACCAUACAAUGUAAUGGAUGAUGAUGAUUCCCAUCAUUUUGAGCGAAAGAAAAGAUUCUCUUAUAAAUGA